UUCAAGAUAAUACAACUUACAAGUUGUCAGUUUACAAAAUAAAUAUCAAACAGAACUUUUCAAAUAGUGCCAAAAUAUCUUAGGUUAUAAUAGAUUGUAUUACUGCUUUUUUAAUGUAAAUGUUUAUUUGCAAUUAAUAAAUGGCUGAAGAAAUUGACUUUAACGAUGCCCUCGACAGUAUAGUGUUAAGUGAAAAUUCUUUAUGCAAGGAAAGUUACGACGAAGGUUACAAAAGUGGUUAUGAGGCUGGAAAUCCUGAAGGUUAUCAUUUAGGCUACCACAGAGGUGCUGAAUUGGGCAGAGAAUUAGGAUACUACUUUGGCGUUGUUACGAACCACAUAGAAAACAAAGAAUCUUUAUUUAUCUCCGAGAAAGUUUUGAAACAGUUGGAAAAAGUUCGAGAUCUGAUAAACUUAUUUCCUCAGACAAAUUCAGAAGAUCAUGAUAUUCUAAAUUUGGCGGAGAACAUACGAGCGCAGUAUAAGAGAGCUUGUGCCUUAUUAAGGAUUCCAUCCAGUAAUCCCUAUGACACUGAAGUUUCUUUUUAAUAGGAUAA